GUUAUAUACAAGAAAGUAUACAUGAUAGGAUCGUACAUUUUGAUAUUUUGACUUGUCAGAAAAGUGUUAACUAUCUGCCGUAUGUUUAAUUUGAUUUCAUUAGGGGAUCUUUGAAAUACAUAAACAUUGUGAUAAAAAAUAAAUAUAGCAUUUUGUUAUAAUAAAGUGAACACUUGAAAUGGAUCAAUCAUAUAAGAGAAAGAAUAACUAUUACAAUAAACCGGGUAGAGGAAGAGGUGAUUCUUCUAACUGGAACAAUAAAAGGAAGUUCAAACAUUACUUACAACCUGGUUUAAAAGGGUUUAUAUGUACCUGUAAUAUGAGAGAAAAAGAUUGUGUCAGGGAAUCCUACAAUAUUUUGAAUGAAUAUGCUGACAAGCUGUAUGGCCUGGAAGAAAUGAAAGAGCACAAAAGUGAUGAGAAGGUUGUAACAGAAGAAGCUGGAGCUGGAGCUGGAGCUGAAGAAGAUAUUGAAGAUGAGCUCAAGAAAGAAGUUUCUAGUUUAAAAGCUACUCAGUCAUGGAGAUAUCCCAGCAGAUUUACUUCAAUUGAUACUGGGAUAAAGAACAACAUUUUUAUAAAGACUACAGUAGAAGAUCCAGUUAAACUGGCUAUGGCAGUUCUGAAUGAUGUUGCUGUCACUAAGACUCAGAAAGGUCGUUUCCUUCUGAGAAUUAUUCCAGUGGAAGUUACCUGCAAGGCUUCUCUGGAAGAUAUUAAAACUGCAGCUGAUGCUCUGUUUGACAAACAUUUCAGAUGUGAACCAACAACUUUUGCUAUUGUUGUGAAUAAAAGGUACAAUGACAGUCUGCUACGAGAUGAAGUGAUUCAUUCGUUGGCCCUUCUUGUGACUGACAAGAACCAAGAUCAUAAGGCAAACCUAAAAGAGGCCAAAAAGACAGUCCUCCUUGAGAUUAUGAAGGGGGUCUGCUGUCUCUCAGUAUUGGAAGAUUACAAGAGAUUGCGUCACUACAAUUUGGCAGAACUAGCGAAACCAGAGGUCACAGAGGCAGAAGGGAACCAGCCAGAAGAUACUGAAGAAGUAAAGGAGGAAGAAGAAAAUGAUCAAGGUGAAGCAUCUGAGAAUGAAGAGGAUGACGUAGAGAAGGAAUGCCAAGAAAAAGUUGCUGAAGAAGGAACUGAUGUAAAGUGUGAUUCCACUAAUAAGGCAAAUGCCUAAAAUGCAUAUUUUUAUUUGUUUUCAAUGUUUAAUUAUUCAUAAAUAGGUUUUGAAGCUAGUGUAAAGUUCUUUAAAACCAUAUGCAACAAAGACUUUUUAUUUAUGAUUUAGAAGUGUGAGGUAUAUUUUAUAUUUUAAUAACAAACAUUUGAUUUGUCCAGUAUGUUUAUGUUUUUAUUGACAUGUAGUUCUUUUGUUAUAAAUAAAAUAUAUAUUUUUCACAACUUCUCUUGUGUAUUACUAA